GAACAGCCGUGAGACACGUGAGAGGGUGGAGCGAAGGGCCCCAACUGACCAGAGACGUGAGAGACGUGAGAGACGUGAAACAUGUGAGGUUGAAGGGGAUGUAAGGAGAGAACAUGAGUCAGAGAGGCAUGAAAGGACACGAGAGACCAGAGAAGCUGCAGCAGAAGCUGAUGUGAAGGUGCACCGUGAGAUCAGGGAACUGGAGCCACGUGAGGACCUGAGAAGGAGGGAAUGUCCUCGUGAAUGUGAAGAGGAAGAGAGGAGGAUUUGCCGUAGAAGAGAGAGGGAGGAACCUCUGAGGGAGAGGAGAAUUGAUCUCCAAAGGGAGCAGGACCUGGAGGUGUAUGAGCGUCGUAGCCGUGAGAGACGUGAGAGGGAGGAGCCUGUGAGGGAGAGAAGAAUUGAUCGUGAACGGGACCAGGAGCUGGAGGUGUAUGAACGUCGCAGCCGUGAGACACGUGAGAGAGAAGAGCCUGUGAGGGAGAGGAGAAUCAAUCGUGAACAGGACCUGGAGGUGUAUGAACGUCGCAGCCGGCAGAGACGCGAGAGGGAGGAGCGAGGGGUCACGGCCACCCGGAGGGAGACCAGUGACCAAAGCAUACUGCAGGUCCUGGAGGAAGAAGAGGAGAGAGAUGAAGAGCGAAGCUUCUACCAGACCCUGGAGGUGGAUAACAGCGACCUGUGCCUCCCAGGAGAAGAAGCUGCGGUGACUGACCUGAGGGUGCGUUACAUCCCGGCUGACCCCGAGCUGCGGCCGCAGGUGCAGGUGGUGCCUCAGCCCUGUGAGCCUCAGACCAUUGCCUACUUGGUCCAUGUGAUCCAGAACUUGAGUGAUCCUGAAUCUACCACCUACAAGAUCAUCUGCCAGCAGCCUGGCAGCCUGGGCCAGCCUGUCUGCAUGCUAUAUGUCCCCUCGGCCACCACCUGUGCUGCCAAGGGGGAUUGCUGCCAGGCCAAGUCCAAGGAGGAUCGGAGGCUUCAGCGCCCUGAGAUCCCUGACACGGAAAAGAAUCAGCCCCAGGGAGAUGGAUCGAAAGCCACCAGGGAGAAGGUCCCACGGGAGCCUGAAUCCAGCUGCCAGCCCACGGAGACCGAGCGCUGCAUCGAGUCGCUGCUGGCAGUGUUCCAGCGCUACGCGGGCAAGGAGGGCGACACCACCACCCUCUCCAAGAAGGAGUUCCUGGCCUUCAUGAACACCGAGCUGGCUGCCUUCACCAAGAACCAGAAGGACCCAGGUGUGGUGGACAGGAUGAUGAAGAAACUGGACCUGAACAGUGAUGGGCAACUGGACUUCCAGGAGUUCCUGAACCUCAUCGGGGGCAUCGCUGUGGCCUGUCACAACAGCCUAGUGCUGAAGGCCCCUGGGCCCUAG